UUCGACACGAUCCCCUCCGCCGCGCGCGCCGCAUUCAUCUCCCGCCGGCGCAGACAGAAACCUGGAUCGAGCGCGCGCGGCGGGUGGAUCUCGCGCCUCGAUCUCGUAGAUAGAAGAGGGAGAGGGAGAGGUGGACCGCCUCGGGUGCUCUCGAUUUUCUCGGCUCGACCCCGCGUGCGGGAGCGCGCGCGCGCUGGAGCGGAUCAUGUCCACCACCGGGGGGACGCGCCGUCGCCGCCCGCGGCGGGACAGAGCCCGCGAAGAAGAAACAGUUGCUAAAUCGGCGAAAAGGAAGUACUCACACUGCCAACAAGAUGAUGAUUCUCAAGGAGGUAAAAUGAUGAGAAAUUCAGUGCCAACCCUUCCAGAGGACAUCUGGAGUUAUAUACUUUCCCUGAUGCCAAUGCGAGAUGUUGCCCGUUCUGCAUGUGUGUGUCGUGCCUUUCUGCAAUCCUGGAGAUGUCAUCCCAACCUCAGCUUUGACGCGGAUGCCUUAGGCCUUUGUGAAACAGAUUUUACCAACACAGUUGACCACAUUCUUAAAAAGCACUCAGGCAUUGGUGUGAAGAGGUUCAAGCUUUUAGUCCAAUACAAGCUAGAUAUCUGUGAUUAUGUCAAUAGUUGGCUUCAGUUUGCCGUUACACCAGGGAUUGAAGAACUCAGCCUUUGGCUGUCUAGAAGCAAGCCAUGGUACAACUUCCCGUGCUCACUUUUCUCUGACAGAAUUGCAAACUCAAUUCGGUAUCUUGAGCUUGGCUAUUGUGCAUUCCAUCCCACAAUUGACGUUGGUUCAUUGAGAAACCUGAAAAGGCUGCAACUGUCAUGUGUUCGUAUUUCAGGGGAUGAGUUAGCAUGUGUUCUUUCCAACUCACUUGCUUUGGAGCAGUUGGAACUCACGUGUUGCCUAAAUAUAAUUAGCCUUAAGAUGCCUUGUCUGCUGCAGCGGCUUGACUACCUUAAGGUUUUGGAAUGCAGGAGGGUUCAGGUGAUAGAGAGCAAUGCCCCUAAUCUCUCCAGAUUUUACUAUAGUGGAUACAAGGUGAAAUUCUCACUUGAGGAAUCGUUGCAAGUGAAGAAUCUAUAUGUGUGUCGUCCAAACAUCACAAGCUAUGCUCGUGCCAAUCUUCCAUCCAGUGUGCCGAAUGUGGAAACUCUUGCCAUAGCUUCACACUGUGAGAUGAAGGACACACCAUUGCUACCAACCAAAUUUCUGCACCUCAAGCAUCUGACUAUUUCUCUUUCUGCAUGGACCUUUUCGCCAAACUACGACUAUUUCUCUCUGGUUUCCUAUCUGGACGCUUCUCCUUUAUUGGAGGUUUUCAUCUUGGCGAUAUCUCAGGAAUGCAUAGAGUCUGAAUCAAUUUUUGAAAGUUGCUCACAUCUAAGGCAGAUGCCGGAAUAUCGCCAUGAGCACCUAAACUCUGCGACGAUCAGUGGUUUCUGCUCCGGGAAGAGCUUAGUUGAGCUAACAUGCCAUAUUGUUGAGAACACAACGUCACUUGAAUGCCUUACAUUGGACACCACUCAUGGCGAUGGUAGGUGUUCCGGAAACGGUUCUAGCCUAUGCUCGCCUGCAAGCCAGAGUGUUCUCAUGGAAUCCCCUAGAACACUCUUGGCUGUCAGAAGAUAUAUCGAGGGGAAAAUUCCCCCUGGAGUCAAGUUAAAUGUGGUGGAACUAUGCAGGCUAUGCACCCGGUGCGAUGCUCUUUUGCGUUAGGUGCUGUCCUGAUGAGUCAUUGUGUAAUCUUUUAGUGACAUCCAGGAACAUUAUAUGCUCUGGGAAAGGGGACAUAAAUCAUAAUGUUGUUGUGCCUCCUACUCUCCUGGAAUAAGUUCAGUAGGGUUUUAUACAAUUUCGAAUGAAUUGCAGAAUGGGGCACUUUUUUUUUAACCAAGGUUUCAACUUAGACUGGGGAGAAAACAAGAUUUAGAUUUUUUUUUUUACUUUUGACUAGUUCACUUUGUACUACAAAUUCCCUAUCACUUUAAACCCUUUCA